AUGCUGGAAGAGCUUCUGAUCAUCUCUUUCCUUCUUUCUCCAGCUCCAGUUAGUACGUUAGAAGAACUCUCAGAGGUAAAGAAAUAUGAAGUGGUUUUUCCCAUAAGACUUCAUCCACUACAUAAAAGAGAGGUCCAACAGCCUCAGCAACAGGAAAACUUUGAAACUGAAUUAAAGUAUAAGAUGACAGUUAAUGGAAAAAUUGCAGUGCUUUAUUUGAAAAAAACCAAGAAUCUCCUUGCACCAGGCUACACGGAAACAUAUUAUAAUUCCACUGGAAAGGAGGUCAUCACAAGCCCCCAAAUCAUGGAUAACUGCUACUAUCAAGGACACAUCAUUAAUGAAAAUGUUUCCGAUGCUAGCAUCAGCACGUGUUGGGGCCUAAGGGGCUACUUUAGUCAAGGGAAUCAAAGGUACUUCAUUGAACCUUUAAGCCCAACAAAUCAGGAUGGACAGGAGCAUGCACUCUUCAAGUAUGACCCUGAUGAAAAGACAGCUAAUAGCUCCUGUGGGAUGGAUGAUGUGCUAUGGGUGCAUGGAUGGCAGCAGAAUGUGGCCCUGUCUGCCACAAGACUGGUCAAAUUGGAUGACCAGAAGGUUCAGGAACAUAAGAAAUACAUAGAAUAUUAUUUGGUCCUGGAUAAUGGUGAGUUUAAAAAGUACAAUGAAAACCCAGAUGAAAUAAGAAAGAGGGUGUUCGAGAUGGUCAAUUAUGUCAAUAUGCUUUAUAAAAAGCUCAACACUCAUGUGGCCUUAGUUGGUAUGGAAAUCUGGACUGAUGAGGAUAAGAUAAAGAUAACCCCAAAUGCAAGUGUCACCUUGGAAAAUUUUUCUAAAUGGAGGGGGAGUGUCCUCCCAAGAAGAAAGCGUCAUGAUAUUGCUCAGUUAAUCACGGCAACAGAAUUUUCUGGAACAACCGUGGGCCUUGCUUUUAUGUCUACAAUGUGCUCUCCCUAUCAUUCAGUUGGCAUUGUUCAGGACCACAGUAACAAUCUUCUUAGAGUUGCGGGGACAAUGGCCCAUGAAAUGGGCCACAACUUUGGAAUGUUCCACGACUCCUACGUCUGCAAGUGCCCUUCCACGAUAUGCGUGAUGGACAGAGCGCUAAGCUUCUAUAUACCCACAGACUUCAGCUCCUGCAGUCGUAUCAGCUACAACAAAUUCUUUGAAGAUAAAUUAUCAAAUUGCCUCUUUAAUGCUCCAUUGCCGACAGAUAUCAUAUCCAUCCCGAUCUGUGGGAACCAGUUGGUGGAAAUGGGAGAGGACUGCGAUUGUGGGACUCCUGAGGAAUGUACCAACACCUGUUGUGAUGCUAAAACAUGUAAAACCAAAGCAAGUUUUCAAUGUGCAUUAGGAGAAUGCUGUGAAAAGUGCCAGCUAAAAAAGGCUGGGAUGGUGUGCAGACCAGCAAAAGAUGAGUGUGACCUGCCUGAAAUGUGUGAUGGUAAAUCUGGCAAUUGCCCUGAUGAUAGAUUCCGCAUCAAUGGCUUCCCUUGCCAAAAUGGGAGGGGCUACUGCUUGAUGGGAACAUGCCCUACGCUGCAGGAGCAGUGCACCGAGCUGUGGGGACCAGGAACCAAGGUUGCAGAUAAGUCAUGUUACCACAGGAAUGAAGCUGGGUCAAAGUACGGGUACUGCCACAAAGUGAAUGACACAAUCAUUCCCUGCAAAGCAAAUGACACCAUGUGCGGAAAGUUGUUCUGUCAAGGUGGGUCAGAUAACUUGCCCUGGAAAGGACGUAUAGUAACUUUCUUGACAUGUAAAAUGUUUGAUCCUGAAGACACAAUUCAGGAAAUAGGCAUGGUGGCCAAUGGAACUAAGUGUGGAAAGAACAAGGUUUGCAUUAAUGCAGAAUGUGUGGAUAUUGAGAGAGCCUACAAGUCAACCAAUUGCUCAUCUAAGUGCAAAGGACAUGCUGUGUGUGACCACGAGCUCCAGUGUCAGUGUGAAGAAGGAUGGGCCCUUCCCGACUGUGAUGACUCCUCAACAGUCUUCCACUUCUCCAUUGUGGUUGGAGUGCUGUUCCCAGUGGCAGUCAUAUUUGUGGUGGUUGCUAUAGUAAUCCGACACCAAAGCACCAGAGGAAAGCAGAAGAAAGUUAAGAGGCCACUCCCUGCCAAUGGCCCCAGGCCACUCAAACAGAAGAGGAGACCCCAGAUGAUGAAGGCUGUUCAACCCCAAGAGAUGAGUCAGAUAAAUCUCCAUGUGUCUGAUCUGCCAGUAGAAGGCACUGAGCCUCCAGCUUCUUUUCUAAUUACAAAGCCAGAUUUCCCUCCACCACCAAUUCCUACAUUUGUAUCAUCUUCCUCUUUCCUUGGCUUAAAUCCAAAAGUCUGA